AGCUGCUAGUGUUCCAAUCAGCAUUUUGGUGGCCUUGUGCAAUAACCUGAUGCCGCUAUUUUAUGGAAAACGGUCAGAGACACAGUGAUCUCUCAUAUCUAUACAAAAGUAAAAGGACGUAAAAUAGCUAACAUGUCAUCUAACAUUAUUUUUCCAUGGAAAGUUGCUCCAUACAAAGAUCUGCAGAGGCCAGAUUACAGACCUGCCUUGAUCGCUGUGGGUCAGGCUCAUCCCCUAGCUGGCCAUGUGUCACCUAUGAAAAGCAAGGUGAUGCCACAAAACUCCGAAGAGAAACCGCGCGAGGAAGGUCCACUUCCAGCAGGUCCCCUAUCAGCCUCAUCCACCGGAACGAGCGAAGCCAUGUGGGAUCCACUUUCAGCAUUUUCCGAUGAGCCAUUCAGCGAUGGCUCAGGCCAAAAGCGCAAUAUCUUUGAAGAAGAGAUACCUGCAAUCGAUACUUGGCCCAGCAAAAAGGCCGGCAUUCUGUCCAGAUUUGGUUCUGGAGUUGAGCGACUGUCACUGGCUUCGUCGUAUCUUUCUGGAGAAAUGCCAUCGCCGGUGUCGUCGGGUUCGCGGCACGAACAACUAGAUUCAUUUGAAGAAGGAUCUAUUAAAGAGCUAAGAAACCUGUCGGUUCAGGAGUAUACCCGAAGACUGCUCGAGUUGAAGUCUGCCAUGGUCAGCGCUUGGAAUAGGGAUGAAAAGGUUAAUGCGCUUAAAAUGGUGAUUCAGUGCUCCAAACUGUUAGUAGAUGCUGACAGUUCCGUGCGUUUCUAUCCGGCAAAAUUCGUAUUGAUCACAGACAUUGUCGAUCUGUUCGGGGAGCUCGUCUUCGAGCGAUUGCAUGCUAAAUAUCAAGAGAACCAAGAUGGAGCCGCUGAAACAGCUCGCAACUGGUUUUAUAAGGUUGCAUCAAUACGCGAACUUAUUCCCAGGUUUUACGUGGAGGCUUGUAUUCUGCAGUCGUAUCGUUUUUUGGAUCCCAAAGGAGCACAAAUGCACAAGGGUCUCCUACGCCUUGCGAAGACAAUAACGGGCAUCGGAGACCCAUUGGUAGCAGCAUAUGCACGCUGUUACCUUGCAAGGAUUGGCUCCAGAGUUGCUCCAAAGGGCAGGGAACAUUUAUCCGAGCUGAUGUUCGGUCUCCUGGUAACCUAUAGCCAACUGGAGUCAUCAAUCGUGGAGGAACGACUCAAGUCGGACCUAGUCGACUUGCCUUCAUACUAUGCCCUGUUUACGCCAGCGUUCGAGUUCUUACUUCAGUGGGUUACACAGACAGCACGCGAUAAACAACUUAAUGAUCUGCUCAACAAAUGCACGCAGCGAAACUCAGCAUUACUACUAAACGCUCUCCUCACGGCUAUGAGACCGCAAUUCGUUGCGCAGAGAGCGGAACAGAUCGUUGAAAAGAUCAAUGAAGCGGACACAGUGACGGCACCGAAAGCACAACUUUACCGAAGUCUUGGUCUUUGUCUUAUGGUAGAAGAUCCACCUGAGGGCGUACGUAUCAAGGUUUUGAAUCAGGUUUGGAAGCACGUCGCUCGUUUCAAGAAUUCCGCAGAUUACAUGUCUUGCGCUGAGGUGUGGGUUGAUUACGUCUGCAGGCACAUGGACUUUGCCGAUAUCAACACGUUUAUUGCGGUGACUAUCAAACAGAUGAACAUCGAUCGCGCUUACGAAAGGCACCAAAGUCAGCUGUACGCUAUCAUUGAUCGGAUUGCAUGCAACAUACAGGACUUAUUGUCGUUGUUCAAUAUGGAUCGACUUCUGCCUUUGCUCGAUCUUAUACAAAAGGAACCGUACAAAACAGACGCCUGCCGUUCACUUGUUGAUACAUUUACACGUCGCCAAAAGGAGUCAACCUGCGAAGCCGUAUUGGUGUCGUCGUUAAUGCACGUGUCAAAGACGAUGCUUUCCUCUGUCACCGCGUUAACUCUUGACGACUCUCGUAGAAGCCUUGCCAGCCUUGUAUGCGGCUUUAUCAAUCGUAUUGAGUAUCCGGAUGACGUUGAAGCACAGCUUUCGUUCUUUAUUGACGCCCGUGCCUGCCUGGGUACGUUGGACGACGUUCUAAUCCAUCUCGUACACGCGGUUAAUCGGUUAGCCGUGCGACUACAGGCAACGAUUAGGGGACGUCAUUCACGAAAAAGUGCCACUCAGGCCAAGGCUUGCUUAGCAUAUUGCAUUGUGACUGUUCCGUCAGUUUACGAUUCGACCAUGCGCUUCAAGCUUUACCUUGAGACAGCAAUCGUGGCACUGAAGUAUCAGUGUCACGCACACGCCGAUGCCUGUUACAAGGCAGCCUUGGACUCAUUGUCCACACUUCCGGAACGGGAACUGUACUCUUGUGUUACGCUGCUUUUAGGACAGCUGGUUUACUCGCCAGACGAUCCUCGCGAAGAUCCUUUAUCGCUUGUGAAGACCCUACUUGAGGCCAUUGACGAAUAUGUAUUUGAUCCACAUACUGAUGUAAAGCCCCGUCUUUGGCUAGCGACCCUCCGAGUUCUUUCGCGGAUGGCCACACCGUGGGCUGAGGAUAUACAGCUUGACUGCAACGACUCACUUUACGGCGGUGACCAAAGGUAUGUCGAAGCUGUCGAAGUGCUAGCAUCUACUAUUCUUUCUAAAAUCAUUGAUUACUUAGCUCUUUUACGUGACUCGAAACUGUUCAAUAGGCAGGCAACACUCAUGGUUGAGCUUCUAUAUACCUUGGCAAGUCACGGAGCUGCCAGCGUGCCGGGACCAAGUCAAGCGCUCAUCGUGAAGUUGUGGUCUCUUACAAAAGGAACAAAUAUUGUCCCGCCAGAUACGAUGUUUGCUCUGCGAAACUAUAUUGAGCGCAGGGCGAAUAACACUGACCUUUUAAAUUGCCUAACAUAGAUAUUAAAUUUUACUGUUAUUAAGUUGGCAUGGGGUAUAUUAAAGUUCAUUUCUGUAUGAGAUAUCGAGAAAAAGAAAAAUGGAAAUUAGUCAGAUUUUUAUUCCACUUCUAGAAUCGAAAGACAGGCAUGCUACGAGACAAAUUACAAUUUGCAGGAGUCAGAACAGAAAGCAAAAUACCGAACAUUUACAGGGCACUGCUAAGCUGCCGUACUAACGGAAGAGACUAGAGAGCUUUGAAGAUCUGUAAAUGGUUGUCUAUAAAAUAUCUGUAAAUCUUUACGAUGUGUACGAGUGUAAGAAUACGUUUGGUAUAAGGAGUAGAAAGUUAAAAAAACGAUAUGUAAUAACUGUUUGCAACAAACGCGCAAAGUCUGUUUAGUGGAAUGGUUUAACGGAAUAUAUAAUUGUUGAAAAUUCAUUUUUAGAGAGAUUAUAUGUUAAUUAGUUGUUUAUUUAUUGCACAUUUGACAUAAAAAUAUUUGUAUAUCGUUGGCCCUCAGAACAAUAUGACAUCCGUUUUUUUCUUCGGAAACCCGUCCUUUUUGUUUAGCGGGUAGUUUAUAAUUCGCACGAAGUGUCUAGAUAAAACAGAAUUGAUUCUCCGACCUAAAAAUCAGUGAUGUUCAAUUUAUAAUACUUAAUUUUACGACUAAAUUUACUCUAGUUAUAAAAAAUGCAAUGAACUCUUUUAGAUAAGCUUUUUUUUUAGAACAAACGUUGUAUUUAUUUUCCCUCACUUAAAAUAUAAUCAUACUUGAGGACCAUGUUGACUUAGGCACUGAAUAAACAAGUUCAUAUACUAUACCAAAAGGUAAGUAAGAUAAUUUAACCUUAAAAAAGAACUGCGUGUAGUAACUUACUAGAAACGAUAGUAGGUACCCCGGUACGCUCAUAAACCCUGGUGGACGAAGUCCAUAACCUUCUUUGAGUCUGUUAUACUGCAGUAGAUUGCGAACAACCUUUAAGUGCGGCCUAAGCAGACUAAAUUUCCUCGUAAGUACAGAUUGUAUAACAAUUUGAUGGCCUAUCUGAUAGGCUCAGUUUUUAUAUGUCCGAGUGGCCAUGCUGUUCCAUGUACGCCACCAUUGUUUUUAAAAUCCUUUAGUUUACACCAGAACAUGCAAGCAGGGCCUGGUUGAAACUGUGCUUUUCUGAUGUGUCUAUAAUAUAACUGUAUGAGGCAUGAUUUAAAUGAAGACGAAUCAUAUCGUAAAACUCAAAGGUCGCUGUCAACUCAAGCUUCAUACACUGAAGGUAUAUAUAUGUAUAUAUACAUAUAGAAUUAUUUUCAAAGGUUUUAGCGUGCUUAAUGAAAAGCCUUCUAUGCGCAUCUUAAUUAAAUGGCGUUGGCUUGAAGUUUAGCCAAAAUGUAUAAAUACUUCUUUCUUAUUUGGCCCUAGAUUUUACUCAUUUCUUACAAAAGGGAUUCUGCUCUUACUUAUUGUAAAUACAUAACUUCAGAAGAACACUUAAAUUAGCGGUUUAAUUUUUAGAAUACCUCGCUAUUAUAAUAAAAGGCUAGGUAUAAUAAACCAAAUUACCACAUACUUGAUUCGACCACAAUAAACAUUUGGAGUGUUUUCAAUAAAUAUGUGCAAGACAUAAUAAUGCGUUCCUGUUCCUCUGUAAUCUAUAAUAAAUAUUUUUGUGCGUGCUUGUGUGCACUAUCGACCUGCUCGAAGAACACAAACUACGCGUAAUGUUAAUGCGUCUUCAUAAAAGGCUUCUAAACUGCGUCGACUGAUUUAAAAAGUGUAGUACAGUGAUGCAUCGUUCCGCGAGGCUUGAACUUGUGGUGCAUGGCUUUUUCAAGGGAAGACCUAGUUCAAACGCUCAACAAUGAUAAGUUGUUGUAGUAGAAGUACUUAUCUGGAAUAAUACUAAAUGUGGUUGCAGAGAACGAGUGGCUACGAUAAAUAAGCGCCGUGUCGCAGCGACCAGCGAGACUAGUCGGUAACUGCCAGUGUUGGAGGCCUGCUGAGAUUGGUCAUACGCGAUCAACAACAGCAGCAAGCAACUACUGCUGCGGGUGUCGUCGUAGCUUUCGUAGCACAACAGCAAUAGCGAUAGUCAGUCGUCGUCAGUGGCCCAUCCACUGGUGUUUUGUCUUGUACGCGAAAUAUGAGAUCUAUGAAUAAGUGGAUUGCCCUCCCGAAUGGCUCGUGACGAUCACUAAAUCCUAGUCGUCACUUCGAAGCCUUCCCAGUCGUCCUCUCCGCCCAGACGGAUUUUUUUUUACAGUCGUGGGUGCUAGCCUAGGUCCUCCCCGGCUGACCCACUCAGUUGCUGGGUGAGCCCCACUGCCAGGAUAAGUUUGAAGUCAUCUGAGUGACUUCUGGUUGAAUGAAUGUUGUUCUGGGGCCAGAUGGAGGUUCUGUACGCGGUAGGCGCGUGUCUGGCUCUCCACGUGGCGUUCCUACUGUGCCGGG